AUGGUUUUUGGAAGAACUCCGAUGAAUAACAUUACAAUCCCUAGAGGCAUGACAUCAAUUGGAGAGUGGGCAUUCAGAGAAUCAAAUGUUUCAAUGAUUUAUCUUCCUGACACAAUAACAUCAAUUGGAGAUUAUGCCUUCUUCAAUUCAUCAUUAGAAUCCUUCCAAAUAACUUCAAAGAUGACUGUUGGGGUAUACGCAUUCUCAUGGACACCUAUGAAAAGUUUAUCUCUCCCAAACAAUAGAAGAUCCAUUUAUAACUAUGAAUUUGCAUACACAAACUUUGAUUCAUUCAUCAUUCCUGAUAGUGUUACAUCAAUUGGUUCGUAUGCAUUUGCUGGAUGCAAAUUUGAUGAAAUUAGAAUUCCAAAUAGUAUCACGACACUUAGUUCCAGUGUAUUUAGAGAUACAUGCAUCAAACAUAUUUAUUUACCCUCGACUUUAAAGCAAAUCAACAGUAAUUGUUUUAAGAAUGCAUCUUGUACAUUCAUUGAUAUUCCAGAAUCAGUCACAAUAAUUGGAGGUAAUUGUUUUGAAUAUUGCAGUAUUCCCUCAAUUAUUCUUCCAAAUAGUAUUACGUAUUUGUAUAGCAGAACUUUCCGUCAUAGUUUAAUAAAUAGGAUUACAUUACCAACAAAUCUAAAAUAUAUAGAAUCGGAAUGCUUCUAUAAUUCAUCUCUACUUUUAGAAAUUAAACUACCAAAUACGCUUGAAACAAUUGGACAAAGAUGCUUUCAAUAUACUACUUUCAACACAAUAACGAUUCCUCCCAAAAUUGAAAAACUCCAAAUUGCUAUUUUUAGGCAUUCUCUUUUAGAAACAAUUUAUUUACCAAAUGGAUUGAAAUACAUUGAGCAUGCUGCAUUUUACAAUUCAUCUCUCAAAAAUGCUGAGAUGCCUGAUACCCUUGUUUAUAUUUCUUCUGAAGCUUUUUACAAUACAUCACUAUCAUACUUGAAUCUCAAAGAAAAUUUCAUCUCAUUGUAUCCUUUUGCAUUAGCAUCAAGUAAUAUCUCUCAAAUUACUUUUCCUCAUUCCUUGAAGAGUAUUGGAGAAUUUGCAUUUCGAAAUGCCCACAUACCAACUAUAAUUAUUCCUGAAGGAUUAAGACAAAUUGGAAAUAAUACAUUUUCAGAUUCACAAAUUGAAUUCAUGGACCUACCAUAUUCGCUUCAAAAAAUUGGAAAUUAUUCAUUUAAUAACUGCACAUUGACAAGUAUUGAGUUGAAAGAAGGACUUGAAACAAUAUCUGAUUAUGCAUUUUUCAAUAGUAGCAUCACAAAAAUAAACAUCCCAUCAACAGUUAAUUAUAUUGGUGAAUAUGCAUUCUAUAACUCUCCAAUUGAAAUAUUGCAACUCCCAGAUAAAUUAAAUAAUACUUCAAUAGGGAAAUAUGCUUUUGCUUAUUUGAAGCAAAAAAGUCUUUCAAUUCCAAAUGGGACUAUUUCAAUUGAUCAGAAUUCGUUUAGAGGAGUGGUAGCAAACAAUAUAACUCUGCCAUCUACACUAAACUUUGUGGGAAAUUGGUCAUUUGCUGAUGCAUUCUUAGAUGAGAUUUUUAUUCCAAAAGAUAUGGAGAUUAUACAUGAUUAUUCGCUCUCAUCAAGUAACAUAAAAAAGAUUGAAAUUCCAUAUUCUGUUAAAAGUAUAGGAAUCUAUGCAUUUAUGACAUCAAUUAUAAAUGAAAUAUUCAUUCCAAAUAAUACAUUUGUAGAUUACAACGCUUUCGAUGACUGUAGUGAAUUAGUAUAUGUUAAUCUCAGCAAGAAAAGUAUAAUAAACCAUGAUGCCUUCUUCAACUGCUACUCUAUAACUAAUAUCACUACAAAUGAUGACAUUAUUUUUGAAGGUUUUGCAUUUUACAAUGUAUCCAAUAAUGUAACCAUUGUUCAUAUCGGAAUGCAUGAUAUGAGAAACAGAAAAACCAAAGAUUUCUUAAACCCAAUAAUAAAUAAUAUCUAUGUCUUAUGUUGCUACAAAUCUCCAAAAUUCUGCCGUCUUAAACCAAGCAAUUACACAUCUUGUGAAGGAAUAUUUAAUUGCUUUUCAUAUAAUAAGCGGCCAUACAAUGCAAACUAUGCAGUCUUGGCAACAAUGUAUUUUUCAAGAUUGGAUGAUGAUUAA